ACAAGAUUGUGACGAAGAUUUUUGAAGGUCAUUUUUUUGUAGUUGUUAUGGUUAUGUUUUUUGCUUUUUUCAAAAGGUGAACAGUGUAUUUUGUUCAGCGCUCGAUAGAAAAUGAAUUUUCCUGAGGAUCCAAAUCUUCAAAGCGAUCAAAAUAAUGAGGAAUUACAACCUCCACCUGACGAUACUUUCGAAAUGGAUGAACAACAUGGUAUUGUAGAUAAUAACUCACGCAGAAAUGAAGUGAAUGUUGGAAAUGAACAAAAUGAUUUGGUUGUCCUGGAUCCAAAUCAUGUAGGUUCUGCUGGUUAAUUUUUCAGACUUAAUAAAGCCGUUGAUGAGACGUUUUCAAGAGUCUCUGAGAAGUAUGCUCACCAAACAUAUCGAUAGUACGGAGAUUCACCUGAGAGAAAAAGAUGAAGAGAUGAAAAGAGAAAAGUCAGCUCACAUUGAAGUUGGUUGCGAUUUGUAUAACCUUCAACAGGAACUCGCAAAGUUUCAGUUACAGUUAGAUAACAAACAUAACGAAUAUGCAAAAUAUCAUGGAAAGUAUGACAAUGCUCAGAAUAAGCUCACAACUCUCCGAGAAAAGUACCAAAUAUCCGUUAAAACAAUGUUGGAAGAGACUAAAAAAAUGCAUUCUAUGCGUGAUGAAGUUGAUGCAUUGUGUUUGCGAUUAUACUACUUAAAUAAAGCUAAGGCAGAUGUUAGUGGGGAUUUGCUAGUACUGCAAAGGGCAGUUGAAAAAGUCAACUCUGAUUUAAGCAAGUUUGAAGAUGAGAAACUCCGACAAGACAUUUUGGUUGAUCGUAUGCAAACUAAAGUUGACCAACUAAAAGAUGAUAUUGCGUUAUAUGAAGCCCAAAUAGCAGCUCAAGAAAUUGAAAUGAAUACAAGUCAAAAUCUUUUAUACGAGGCUGAGACACAAAUGGUUGCUAUCAAUGUUGACAAAGCCCAUUUACUUACUCAGUGGAAAACUAGUUUGCUUGGCUUACAGCGUAGAAAUGAAGCGUAUGCAGAUUUAUUAGCAGCUUAUAAUAAGCUGAAAGAAGAAUUACUUGUUUUAGAAAAUGAACAAAAUGCAUAUAAGCGUUCAAUUAACAAAGAACAAGAAACACACGAACAGUUGACAGGAUUACAAAAUAAAAAUGAAUCGGACUUGAAUACUUUGCGUAAACAGUUGUUACAUUCAGAAACAAAACUUGAGGCUGAUAAACAAGCUUACACAACAUAUUCAAGAAUCUUACAGGAAACUGAACGUAACCUUCUCAAUGCUAAAACAGAGAACAAUACUGCUCAAGCAAAUGUAAACAAUAUCCGCAAACAACUUGAGAAAAAGGUGUUAGAGAAACAAGAUUUAGAGAAGAAAAUCUCCGAAGAAUUAAGGGAUAGGUUGACUGCACAAAAGGCUGCUAAUUAUGUUAACAAAAUCAACAUAAACAUACAAGAUCAAAGUAGAGAAUUACUAACACAAAUUGUACAAAUGGAAAAUCAGAUUGCUAAAGACGAGUUAGGCGUAGCACAUAAAAAGGCCAAGAAUAAGCAACAACAAGAAAAAGUCAGUGAAUUAGAACGAGAAAUCGAUAACACAAAUCUAUUGAUCACUAAGCUGGAAGGUGAAAUACAUCAUGCUAAUAUUUCGGUCGAACGUAAGCAAGGGAACAUUGAUAUAUUAAAUAAGAAACUGGAACGUUUAAUUCAUGACUGCGGUGGUAAAGAAAUUGGGCCGUUGGAUGCACAAGUAAACAAUUUGAAUAAAGCCAUUGGGCUAAAACAGGAUGAGAUCGGUGAACUUGAACAACAAUGGUUGAGAGAACAGAAUGAAUUAGUUGUAAAUAUAAACGAACGUGAUAAGUUAGCUGAGUCUGUGACUAGAAUAAAUAAACAAUUAUCAAUUUUAACACAGAAAAAAUUACGCAUUGAUAAUGAAAUAGCUAUUCAGGAACGUGAGAAAAAUGAUUUGAAAAAAGAACUAAAACAUUUACAGAAUGAUAUCACUAGAAUAAACACAAUGAUAGCAAAAGAGAAGACAACCGAAGAAUAUUUGGAUAAUGAAAAUAAACUAACUGAGAUAGAUUUCAUACGUUCAUUGAAAGAAAAAGAAACAGAAGCAGCUGAUUUGCAAGAAAAAGUGGAUAAAGCUUUAAAAGAUAAAGAAGACUUAUUAAGUGAAUUAGUCGAAGUUGAACGGACAAUUAUGCUGUGGGAAAAGAAAGUACAAUUAUGCGAAGAAACUAAAAAAUCCGUUGAUUGUGAUAUAGGUCAAGGUGAAAUGAAUGUUAUGCGUCACGAAAUUCAUCGUAUGGAAGUUCGUAAAUCCUCAUUACUUCAACAACAAGAAAGAUUAAUUCAGGCACUUGAACGUUCUGUAUCAAAGCGUGAUACCAUUGUUAAUCAGUCAAAUGUUCUUCAGUCUAGAAAGGAUAAAUCACAAAUUCGCAUUACAGCUCAACGUCAUAUUGAUGAACUUAAACGGAAGUUAAAAGCUAUUAAACAGGAUAUCAAAACACAUCAACACUGACUGAUUAUUUUCUUCAUUAUGUAUAAUAACAAACAAAAUUUAGAAUUCUGCGUCUUGUACAGAAGAGCUGGAAGAAUUUGAAGAAAAAACUAGUAGGUUAGAAGGUGAAUUAUGUAUAAAGAAAGCUGGUGCUGAAGCUGAACAAAAAAAAGCUGAUGAAUUGAUGAAAAAAUUGCAGUCAUUAUCUGAUCAGAAACAGAUUGUAAGUUGUACGUGCUCAAAGUUUCAUUUAAAUAUAUCAAUGUAAUUGACCUUCUGUCUACCUGUCUCUGAGUAAUACUGUGUAUUGCUGUGUAUCACAUUGGUCCACAAAUAGUCCUCAAAAGUUACCAUUCACAAUUCUCUUCGGGAUACAACAAUAUCCUAUUUAAUCACGAAACAGUCUUUGUAAAUUGUUAGUUUGUAGAAAAUAAAGAAUAAUGUUGCAAAGUGUAAACAGAUUUUACAUUAUUAAUCAAUUUGUUAAAAUUUUCUGCAUGUUAAUCUUCCAGUAAAUUAAAAGAGCGUCUUGAAAACUCAUCACGAUGGAUAAAGAUUAUCUGUUUUCCUAACACUUCAAUUAACCAAAAUAGGUUUUUGAGUCCUCACAUUGUUUUUGGUUAGUAUCAAGUGUUUAAGAUAAGGAUUAGGAGUUGAGGUUGAUGUUUUAUCACGAAAUGACAUCAAGUAUGGCGUAAAGAUACUCUGCCACCAUAUAAAUGAGUGGAUUUCGUUCAAAAGUACGGAAGACUCUAUCUAAUUUAUCCUUAAAAUGUAGUGCCACUAGGUUAAAUUCAGUUUAAGUAUUAAUAGUCGAGGGUUAGGAUUUAAGGUAAUAUCCCUGAAUAGGUAUUGUAGUGUAGAUUUGCUAGUUUUAUACAAUGUAAAGAGACAGAAUUAAGCAUUUGGUACGUUGAACACCAUCAGUGCUUUAAACUUAAAGGAUAUAAAGAAAAUUUCCCGUUAUAAUUUUAAACGUUUUAAAUAUAUUCAACUUAGUUAUUUCUACUGCCCGUUCUAAAUUAUAUUUACAUUUCACACACAAACCUAAAAAUCGCAUUCUCGAUUGCGGUUGACUUGUCCAUAUACUUUUACCUGUUACAGUAUUUAGCGAACGUCUUAAUUACUAUAGUUAGGAUAAUGGAUUGUCCGAUGUUGUAAAUACAUGAAGUUUUAUGGUAAAAUAAAUAAUUCUCGUUUUCGAUUCAUUGAGAGUACUUCUUCGAAUACAAUGAAUUAGACUACUACCUAGUUCACACUUCGAAAAACUAUUCAGCAAAACACCGAUCUUCAGUUUACUUUAAAUCUUUUUGUGUAACCUUUCUUUAGAACAGAAGUAAUCAGAAUACACAAAAUGACUAUCAUUUUAUUACACAAAGUUAAAAAAAUAAAUGACUUUUAUCUUACAUUAUAUGGAAAGCCUAUUAGCAACAACGUUUUGGAAUGCUCAAAAUUCUUAAAUUGAUAAAACAUACUCAUUUUCUACAUCAAAGAGUAAGAAUAACAGUGUUUGACACGUCAAACCUUUUCUUCUUCCUAUAGAUAUUAAACCUAAAAUGUAAAUCAAUUAGUUUUUGUUACUAAUUACUUUUUUCAAGUGAAAUCGAGAACACUGCACUUUGUUGCAGGUUUACUGCCGAUAACAGAUCCGUUAGGGAAGUGGAAAUUGUAAAUCAAGUAAUAAUUCCCAUAGAUGAUUUACCAUUUUGCUGUUUUAUAACUCCAUCUUGCUAUCUCUUCAGCGAAUUCGGUAAUGAAGAUUUUGUAGCGGACGAUGAGUUUUUAUGAAAAUAUUUGGGAGUAUGAAUUGUAUCUAUGCUGAAGACUUUAGUGUGGUUAUACUUACAUUCAAAUUAAUGGCAUUGCUUAGCAUUAUUUUUUAAAUAAUAAUUUAGGAAAACUGAUAAGCCUUGUAAUCCAAUAAGCACCAUAAUCCGACCAUAUACUUACAGAUUUCAUUACUUCUGUAGUGAAAUACUCUUGAUUUAUUGUUCGCGCAUUUACUACGGUUAAGCUUCAGUAAUUUAAGGAAAACUACAGCAUUUGAAUCAAUAAAUGAAACUAAUUUACAAGCUUUCGUUACUAUGGUUCCGAUUGGUAACUGAAGAUCUAAGAGAGAGAGAGAGAGAGAGCUAACUUGACAAAUGAAAGAGAUGUAUCACUCAAUAGGUAUUUGGUUUUAUUUUUAAUAAGUCAAUUAACCUAUUCAAACGGUAAGACGAUGUCUUUUAUUUAACUCUUUUCUUUGCCUAAUAAAUAAAUACAUAAAUAUUUUAAGGACGUAGAAGUAAAAAAGUGGGUGAUUAUUAUAAAGUUUUCGUCAUAGACUGAGGUUGUAUAAAGAACUAUUAAAAAAUGGAAUAUUACUAAAUAGGUAUUUUGCCCCAGAUAGCUCUACAUUUUAUGGCCACUGCAAUAUUUUCACAUACAUCGAUCUCAUAAAAGCUGAAUCUGUUAAACACAAUCAAUAUAUUCUAGGAUAUUAUUAGUUUUCAUUAUGACUGAUUGUCUAAAAUCAGUAGGGCAACGUUUACUACACUCCCUUGAUUUGCGAAGUUAUCUAAACAUAGUUCAGGACAAUAACAUAAAUCGAAAAGCGUGUUUUGACCAAUUAGUAUUAUUUUUAUGUACCAAAUUACUUUGUUUUUAGAUUCAACAGGAUUUAGAACCAGUA